AUGGACCGAAUGAAGUCUCUGGCCUGAAGUUACAUCUAGUGGCCUAACGUUGACGACGAUGUGGAGCAAUUUGUCCGUCAGUGCACUGCAUGUGCUGAAGCAGCGAAGUCCCCGACAAAAGCAACCUUGGAGUCAUGGCCUCUCCCGGACAAGCCAUGGCAACGUGUCCAUAUCGAUUUUGCUGGUCCGAUUCAUGGAUACUACUAUUUCGUCAUGGUAGAUGCUUUCUCUAAGUGGCCCGAAUUUUUUCGCACUCAAUCCAUUACCACAACUCCAACCCUGAAUAUGCUGCGUGAAACGUUUUCCCGUUACGGCAACCCAGACACAUUGGUUUUAGACAACGGAACGCAAUUCACCAGCGAGCAGUUUCAACAGUAUUGCCGUGCAAAUGGUAUCACCUAUCUCCGCACUGCUCCCUACCACCUGCAGUCCAACGGCCAAGCGGAGCGAUUCGUUGAUUCACUCAAGCGUGGCCUCAAGAAGCUAUCGACGUCUCCAGCAGAAGCAUUCCUUGGAAGACCAGUGCGCACCACUUUGGACCUACUGAAGAAACCUGUUCCUGUAACUGAAGCUGUCAAGAACCACAAACAAAACGAACAGUUCAAUUGGCGGCAUGGAGCAGUCAAGCGCGAGUUUGAAGAAGAUGACCUGGUCUACGUUGAACAGCAUCGCAGAAACGCCAAGUCCUGGAUUCCUGGUCGAGUCAUCGAACGGAAAGGUUCCGUCAACUAUAUCGUUGCACUGGACAUGAACGGGAGACCGAAGCUGGUGAGGUCACAUGUAAACCAAAUGCGCCCUCGUCACACUUCUGAUGAUCCAGAGCAAGCGACGCAGCAACUACCAUGGGAAAUCCCGCUUGAUGAAAUUCAAGAUGAAGCUGUACCGUUGGAUCCAGAAAUGCCAUUCAAUCACGAUGUCCCUAUUCCUGUUGGUUCCGUAUCACUCGAAGCUGAUGGUCAAGUGGCGAAAAUCCUUUUUCGACAAUCGAUCAUGAACCUGCUGCUCAAGAUGGAGAACUUCAGUCCGCACAAAAGCCCGUGUCAUCUGAAGCAGUUGGAGACUUUAUUCGACGUUUUGUACGAGAAUCAAGAAUUACAAGAUGGUUCUCUUCCUAUGACAUUUUCUAAAAAGGGGGAGAUGUAA